CUAUUCCUCCCACUGACACCAAUGAUGGGGUGCUAUUCCUCCCACUGACACCAAUGAUGGGGUGCACUAUUCCUCCCACUGACACCAAUGAUGGGGUGCUAUUCCUCCUCCCACUGACACCAAUGAUGGGGAAUAUUCCUCCCACUGACACCAAUGAUGGGGUGCUAUUCCUCCCACUGACACCAAUGAUGGGGUGCCUAUUCCUCCCACUGGUGUCAAUGAUGGGACGCUAUUCCUCCCACUGACACCAAUGAUGUGGGACACUAUUCCUCCACUGACACCAAUGAUGGGACACUAUUCCUCACACACUGACACUAAUGAAUGUGGCACCAUCAUUGGAAUACCAUCAUUGGAAUACUGAACUGAAAUACCAUACCAUAUUGAAAUCAAAUCUGAUG